AUGACUAUGGACCCUGCUCCGGCGGCGAACGGCACCGCGGCUGGAGUGGGCGGAGGCAUGAACCAGCGGGGCUGUAGGUGGUGGUACGCGGCGGCCGGUGCUCUCAUUGUGGCGCUCCUCGCCGUGGCCGUGAGCUAUUACAGCUUCCGGGGCAUACCCUCCUCUCCACCAGGAGGCUGCGGUUGCCCUGCUGCGAGGAAGUACACCGGGAUCACCAUCAAUGAGGAGGUUCUGCAUCCGAUCCUACAGGAACUCGUUAAGUUGCCGUUCUUCAGUGUCUGUGAGUGCCCAGAGAAUGAGUUCCCUGAACCAUUCAAGAAACCUUACAGUGGACUUUCUCCAGAUAGUAUGAUAUGCCAAGAAGGAAAACCACAGGCUGCCAUUGAUAAAACCCUUGACAGCAAGGUUUUCAAAAGAUGGGCUGAAACUGACAAUCUGUGGACAUCUGAUGAUGAGGCUGAUAGUAAUGAGAUGACUUACGUGAAUCUUCAACUGAAUCCUGAACGAUACACUGGCUAUACUGGUGAUUCAGCAAGAAGGAUGUGGGACGCUAUUUACAAAGAGAACUGUCCAAAAUAUCCUUCUAAAGAACUGUGCCAUGAGAAGAAGGCAUUGUACAAGCUUAUUUCAGGGUUGCACUCCUCAAUUUCAGUGCAUAUUGCUUACGAUUAUCUUCUUGAUGAAUCUACUAACUCAUGGGGACAAAAUCUUCCUUUGCUGUAUGACCAUGUCCUGAAGUACCCAGAGCGUGUCCAGAAUCUGUACUUCACUAUCCUGUUUGUUCUUCGGGCCGUGACAAAGGCAGCAGAUUAUCUUGAGCAAGCUGAUUACAAUACUGGUAAUCCUGAAGACGACUUGAAAACACGAUCUCUUGUGAAGCAAUUGCUUUGCAAGUUAAGAUCUGCAUGUCCAUUGCCUUUUGAUGAAGCCAAACUCUGGCAAGGUGAAAAUGGUCCUGAGCUAAAGCAAGAGAUUCAGAAGCAAUUUAGAAACAUUAGUGCAAUUAUGGACUGCAUUGGAUGCGAGAAGUGCCGGCUGUGGGGAAAGCUCCAAGUUCUAGGUCUUGGAACUGCACUGAAAAUUCUUUUCUCCGUCAAUGGAGACAGCCAUUUGAAUCAGCCAUUGCAGCUUCAGCGAAAUGAGGUCAUUGCAUUGUUCAAUCUUCUGAAUAGGCUCUCAGAGUCUGUCAAAUUUGUACAUGAAAAAGGAUCAUCAAUUGAAGAAGUCAUUAAGGAACAGAGCCCUUCAACCCUUUAA